AUGCACGAAGGUAUCUGGAAGGUGCUUUUCAAGGCCAAUCAGUCGUGGCUGAAAACAACCGAGGACCGCGGAUAUAACCUGACUCAACCAGCUAGUUCGAUGCUAGUUCCGGUGCCAUACCAGGCGCCGGAGAAGAAGGCCAAGAAGAAGGGCCAGGAGGCAAGGAGCUGCGACCGAGGUGGAGUCCCUCAAGAACACACUGGCGAGGCCCGGAAGAAAGCGGAGAAGGAACAAGCCACCUACAACAAACACGAGUCAAGGGUCGGGGAGGUUCAGCAGGAGCUCAAGGAUGCCAUAAAGAAGUGUGAGUCCUUGGAGCGCAAGAUUGCGGACCAAGAGUCUGAACUUGCUAAGUUCCGCCAAAGCGCACAAGAGGCCCGGGUUGAAGCCAAGGGCGCCCUCCGGGAAAUCCAGGAGACCAAGCAGAUUGCGGCGGCCAUGCCCAGCAGCCACUUCGGGCUUGUGAAGCGGCUGGUCGAUGUCUGCCCUCAGCUUGAUGCCAUAAAGCGGACUCCCUCGGAGGUCGCCAAGGACACCGAGGCCGAGGCCGUCAGGAUCGCGGCUGAGGAGGCCUCCAAGUCCGCCUCCGGGGAGGAUGGAGAGGGUCUUGCCGGAGAGGCCGGCAAGGCCACUACCUCGGAGGCCAGCAAGGCUGCCGCAAAGAAGGCCGACAAGGCCGCUGCCGAGGAGGCCGCCAAGGCUGCUGCCGGGGAGGCCGCCAAGAAGCCUGCCGAGGAGGAGGUGGCCAACGACCAACCUUCCUCCUCUGCAGCCGCCGCGCCGGGAAAGUACCUGAAGGUUCUCAAUGAAUCGAGCGCCAGCCGCGGCGGUCCCCAAGAAGAGCAGCUCCUCCGAGCCAUGAGCGCCACCUUCUAG